AUGCCCCUGCGGGUGGAUGUGCUGUGCCAGUGGCGUGCUUCAGCCAGGGGAGCGACAGUUCAUUCCUCCGGCAGUUUACUGCUGUGGUGCACGAGUCGAUCGGAAUGGGCUGGCCGAUCCAGAUUGGUGCACCCAAACAUGCUAGGAGUUGGUGGUUUGGUUCGUUUCCUUGAAGACAUGCUCUCUGACCCCAUGCAUAAGCUGCAAGCGUUGGUUUUGGUGACAUGCGUGAGACCUGUGGGUGUCAUAGGCAUUGGUGGCAAAGGAUGUUCCCCAUUCUCUGGGAUUGUAGACAUGUUGUAUAUUCGAGUUUUGUCUCCCUGUUGUCUUGUACAAGACAUGUCAUAUGUGCUGUGGUUGAUGAAACCCAUUCCAUAG